UAUGCGUGCCUGGUCCGUUGGAUCUAUCUGAAACAAUCAUCUCCCCUGUUUCCAUUUUAGUAAGAGACCAAAGCGAAGUUGAAGACUAGAAAUUCAAUGGCAGAAGCGCACGUGCUGAUCUUCCCUCUUCCAAUUCCCGCACAUGUUCUGUCCAUGCUGAAGCUCGCGGAGCUUCUAGUCCUUCAGAAUCUCCGCGUCACCUUCCUCACCACCAACACCAUCCACAGCCGCCUCGCUCGUUUCGGUGAAAUCCAAGUUCUCUCAGAAUCCUACCCCACGCUCCAUUUCAAGACCUUUUCCGAUUGUUACGACGAGGGUAACCACCCUGGAUUCGGAGACCGUAUCUGGGACCUCAUUUCUUCUGUAACUCUCCACGCUAAGCCCUUCUUGAGAGAUAUUCUGCUCUCCCACACUCCUCAAAUUCCCAAACUUAGUUGCGUUAUUCAGGAUGGAAUCUUCGGAAGCCUUUCCUCUGGCGUCGCUUCUGAGUUAAACAUAUCCAUACCAAUCAUUCAUUUCCGAACCGUUAGUUCUUGCUGCUUCUGGGCUUAUAUGUCUGCUACAAAGCUCCUCCAGUGCCAAGAACUUCCCAUUAGAGGAGAUGACGACAUGGAUCGGAUCAUAAAAAACUUGCCAGGCAUGGAGAACUUGCUUCGGUGCAGAGAUCUCCCGAGUUUCUUUCGACCAAACCAAGAGGGGAACUCGACUUUUGAGUCCUAUGCAGACCGGAGUCGACAAUCACUUGCAGCAGACGCGGUUAUCCUCAACUCAUUUGAAGAUCUAGAAGGCCCUGUCCUCUCCCAAAUACGUCAUAAUUUUUCCAAAGUUUACACCGUUGGCCCUCUCCACCACCAUUUGAACAUGAGAAAAGCAGAAUCCAACAAAGGAAAAGAGAUUCCUAGGUUUAAGAACAGUAUUUUUCAAGUAGACAGGAGCUGCAUGACGUGGCUCGACGCUCAGCCCGACGGGUCAGUGAUGUAUGUCAGCUUCGGAAGUAGCACUAUUAUGAACAAGGAAGAUUUAAUGGAGAUUUGGCACGGUUUGGUGAACAGCAAGAAGAGGUUCCUGUGGGUGAAGCUGCCUGACAUUGUUGCAGGAAAACACAAUGAGGAACACGUACCAACUGAGGUGAAGGAAGGAACUAAAGAGAGGGGGUUCAUUGUAGAGUGGGCUCCGCAAGAGGAGGUGCUGACACACAAGGCCAUUGGUGGGUUCUUGACACACAGUGGGUGGAACUCAACCUUGGAGAGCCUGGUGGCUGGUGUGCCCAUGAUUUGCUGGCCAUACUUUGCAGAUCAGCAGAUUAACAGCAGGUUUGUGAGUGAGGUUUGGAAGGUUGGAUUGGACAUGAAAGACGUUUGUGACAGAGAUGUUGUGGAGAAGAUGGUAAAUGAUGUCAUGGUUCAUAGGAGGGAGGAGUUUCUGAAAUCAGCUCAAACAAUGGCUAUGUUGGCUCACCAGAGUGUGAGUCCAGGUGGUUCCUCGUACACCAGUCUCCACGAUUUGAUUGAGUACAUUAUAUCAGCUAGCAGAGAAAAUAAUUAGCACUGCCCAAUUCCUCAAGCUUCCUUCUUGCAAUCAUAUCUCACAUCUACUGUGGGAUCCUAAAUGAUGUUUCUUUACUAUUUAGGUUCUGUAUUGGUAAAAAGAAAAAGACAGAAUGGAAAAAUAAAUUUUUGGAAUGUGGCAUCAUAAACGUUAGAGUCCUAAGCUGAUACCAACUCCAAAUGUGGCAAUUGCAGAUGAUCUUUUAGUCUGCAUUUUUGUAAAAUUGUAUUUGUUUUUUA